CCCCACUUUCUCUCUCUCUUCACCUUCUUCAGUUCUCCUCCCACCCCCUCUCUCUCAUCUUAACCAUGACUCCUCGCUGCCCUUUCCUGACUCCUCAGAAACUCAAAGUCAAACUCCUCACUUAAUUGAUUAAUCCCCUCCUCCACAGCCGCUUGCACCAACACCACCCAUCAUGGCGACGGCGACGGGGGCGGAGGAAUCAGAACUCAAUACCUAUUGGUGCCACGAAUGCGACAUGAGCGUCGCCCUCUCCUCUUCCCGUUCUUCCCCUCUCAUGUGUCCCCACUGCCGCACCCACUUCCUAGAACUCAUGGACUCACCUUCCCAAAACGACGCCGUUGCACCACUCUCCUCUCUCUCCCUCUUUGAUUCCCCCUUCUUUCACCGCCUAAUCCACCACCACCUCGUUUCCAACUCCAAUACCAACACCACCGACAGUCCAAACGACGACGUUGCUUUCGAGGACCCACUCUCUUUACUCUCCCCGUCCCUGAUUUCCUCCAAAACAGCGUCGUCCAAGUCCUCCGCAACUGCCGUCCCCGUAAUUCUUGUCACCUCCGCGUUGCUCUCCCAGCUCGAUCCAACCGGUGUCGUUUCGUGCGCGGUGUGCAAGGACGACAUUGAAAUCGACGAGGAAGCAAAGCAGCUUCCGUGUAACCACCUUUACCACUCCGAUUGCAUCACGCCGUGGCUCGAACUCCACGAUUCGUGCCCGCUCUGCCGGUUCCGACUUUCGGCGGCAGAGGAGGAGGCGGAAGGGGAGGAAGAAGACGGCUUCGAUGGUGCUUUGACGUCGAGCGAGAUCAGGAGUCAGCUGAGGGCGGCGAUGGUGAGGCUUUCGGAGCUAAUGGAGGAAGAGGAGGAUGAUUUCUACGGGUUGAGGACCACUCUGAAUCACAUUGCCUCAAGGCACGGCUUGAUUGGCUCCAAUGGUGCAUCUGUGGUGAGCGAGGAGGGUGAGGGUGGUGAUUCGGAGAAUUUUUCCAGAAUCGGUGGUGGCAAUGGCAGUGAAUGAAGGGGUGGUCUUGUCUGCAAAUUCAUCAAUGUAUAAGGUAUAUAGUGUAUUAAAAGAAUCUUCAAGUUGUAUUGCCAUAGAUCGUCUUAACAAGUGUAAAUCUGCACCGACGAUUGUGCUGUUCCAAUUUUUCUUUGGAUCACUCCAUUAGGUAGUUGUAGUAUUUAGUAUAUAGCUGGAAAUACAAUAAACUGAUUAUGCACGCGAGUAAGCUACAUUUCUUUCCUCGCGUACCCAUCAUCCAGUCUCUCUAUGUUGGUCCUUGAAUUUGGAUUCUCUACUCGUAUUUACCCUCUAUUCUAGGCAAUAAAAUCUUAGAUUCAGCUACUGUUUCUUGUUGCGGUGUCUGAAUUGCUAAAGUAGAUCCUUUGCAUCGAAUAAUUUUGUUUAGUUUUUCUUGGUGUUUCAUGAAAUUGUAUAUGGAUUGAAUCUUCUGAGUGUGGCUAUGUAGUAUGGAAGAGCCUUUAUAUGCAUAUUCGUUGUGUCUUGAA